GAAGGAUUGCAGUGGGAUUGACCUCGCGCAGGUCGUUUCGCCGAUGAUGGCCAUUCCGGAAGGAAUGUCGGGCGAAAAGAGGCACGAGGAGGUGAGCCGAGUGGAGCAGUGCCCACCCCUCAUCCAGCUGGAAAGUGCCAAACUAGCGCUGUUGGAAUCACGGGUCGCGCCCGACCUACUGCAGGAAACCCAACUGCCCAAGGCAGAGCUCAUCCUCAACUCGACAACUCUUGCCCUUGCGGGUGAAGGUGCUCCCGGCGAGUGGGCAAGCAUGAAAGUUUUUUCAGCAGCUUUGCUCUACCCGGCAGCUUCAUUAGCCACCCAGCACCCCUCUUGCCUGUCUCGCUGUAAGCCCCCACUGGAGAAGAUUUAUGCUUAUUUCGCGUGA